AUGGCGAGCCAGCGCUGCUUCGCCAACCGCUUCGAUGACUACGCGGGCAGCCUGGCGGCCGCGCCGGACAAAGAAGCGGCGGUGCCGCUGGUGACGGCCACCAUCGAGCGGAUCUUGAAGGAGCUGCCGCCGCUCGGCGGCGGGGCGGCGGGCGGUCCCCGCGUCUGCCAAGGCGGGCUGUACGGCGGGGUGGCCGGCGUGGCCUACAUGCUGUACCACGUCGCGCAGUGCCCGCUGUUCGCGCCGUCGCGGGAGGCCUACCUGCGGGCCGCCCGGCGCGUGGUGGACGCCUGCCUGCGCUACCAGGAGGCGGGCGGCGAGGCCGACGCCGACACCCGCGCCGCCUUCCUGCUGGGCGGCGCCGGGGUGUACGCGGUGGCAGCCUUGGUGUACCGGGCGCUGGGGCUGCCCGACUUCGCCCGGCCUCUGGGCAAGUUCCGCGAGCUGAGCGAGGUCUGCGCGCCGCUCUCCUUCCUCGAGUGCGGCUCCGACGAGCUGUUCGUGGGACGCGCCGGGUACCUGUGUGCCGCCCUGGUGCUGAAGCAGCGGCUCGGCAUGGAGGUGCUGACCCCAGCACAAAUAAAAUCAAUUUGCCUGGCCAUUCUGGAAUCAGGAAAGCAAUACGCAGUGAAGAAGAGGAAACCGUUCCCACUCAUGUAUUCCUACUAUGGAACUGAGUAUCUUGGUGCAGCACAUGGACUUUCAUCAAUCCUUCAGAUGUUACUUUCCUAUUUUGAGUACCUGCAGCCAGCAGAUCAGGAGCUUGUGUGGCAGAGUGUUGACUUUCUCAUGGACCAAGAGCAGAAUAGCAACUGGCCUCCUGAGCUGGGGGAGACGAUCGAGCGGGAGAAUGAGCUUGUUCACUGGUGUCAUGGAGCUCCAGGCAUUGCAUAUCUGUUUGCCAAAGCUUACCUGGUUUCCAAGAAGCCUCAGUACCUGGACACUUGUAUCCGUUGUGGAGAGCUAACCUGGCAGAAAGGCCUGCUGAAGAAGGGACCUGGAAUAUGCCAUGGAGUGGCUGGUAGUGCUUAUGUGUUCCUGCUGCUCUAUAGGCUCACUGGAAACUCAAAAUACAUCUACAGGGCUCAAAGGUUUGCAGAGUUCUUAUUUACAGAGGAAUUUAAGGCUGGUUCCCGGGCACUAGAAAGUGUAUAUAGUCUGUAUGAAGGCUUCUCGGGGACUGUGUGUUUCCUGACUGAUUUGCUGCAGCCCAAUCAAGCCGAGUUUCCUCUCUUCAGUGUCUUUGUCUAGAGAACAACAUCAUUCAGGGCUGCAUUCCUGUGGCAAUGGGAGAGGCACCUGUGGUUUCACCUGUUUGUGAGAGGCUAUUUCCAAAACAAGCCAGUGGUACCACUAAUGCUAGCCUUAAUGUAAUUGGGAGGCAGGUGAAAGUAAAUUCACUUAGGCUUUGGGUAAGGGAAGCAUGUGAGCAA